CUCCUUGACGUGUGAAGGUGGGAUGUGCGGAGAUUCCAGUUUCAUUUUCAAUUCUAUUAUGUCCUAUGAUUCGAGAAUCCGUACGAUACGAUAGUUAAAAAAAAAUAAUUAGAAAAUAAAAAAUAAAAUGGACAAUAAUUAUGUGCAAAUAAAGGACAUGCGUCCUGGUUUAAAGAAUAUCAACGUAGUGUUUAUAGUGUUGGAGGUCGGACAUCCCACCCUUACGAAAGAGAACCGCGAAGUUCGAACUUUCAAAGUGGCCGAUCAAAGUGCCUGUAUAAACGCUAGUGUUUGGGACGAAGCUGGUCAGCUCUUGGUUCCUGGUGAUAUAGUUCGUUUAACAAAAGGUUAUGUCUCAAUGUGGAGAAGCUGUUUAACGCUUUAUACAUCGAAAGGUGGUGAUUUACAAAAAAUCGGCGAGUUUUGUAUGGUUUUCAACGAACAGUUGAAUAUGAGCGAACCUAAUCAAGGUAUAUCACCGAUGAGUUCAAUGGGAGGCCCCCCAAACAGCGCCCCAUUAAAUAAUGGGACGAAUAAUGGAGCUGGAAGAAUUGGAGCCCCGCCACAAACUUCUACUCCCCCUAUCACCACAUCCACUAUUGUUCAUAACAAUUCAGCAGGAAGUGUUAAAAGUACACCAGCAACUAAUAGGAUGACCGGCAAUGGACCUCAAGAUCAAAAAAGACAACGAGGCUCAAGAGGUGGACCACAUAGAAGUAGACACAGAGCAAAUUAAUUAGAUUUGUUUUAAUAUUUUCUUUGUAGAAUUAAUUCUAUAAGGAAAUUGUUUUUAAAACUUUUUUGUUUGUUAUUGUAUAUAACAGGAAUAGACCAGUAUAUUGAAAAAAAUUAAUUAAUAUUUGUAUUUUUAUAAAAUAAAUUAUCAAAAUUUUUGAAUUUUCA